AUGGAGGACGGGGAACCGCCGCGUAUCGCACCUGCUUACACGCCAUGCGCUUUCGAAGGGGAGUCGCCCGGGCCCCGGUGCGGUCACACGCUUACCGCCGUCGCGCCUGUCGGAGAGCCUGGCAGCGCGAACUACAUCGGCCCGCGGCUGAUUCUCUUCGGCGGAGCCACGGCUCUGGAAGGAGGCGCAGGUCCCGCGGCAGGAGCAGCAGCCGGAAUACGUCUGGCCGGAGCCACGGCGGAUGUGCAUUGUUUCGACGUCAACUCGCGGACAUGGAACAAGCUCUCUCCAGUGGGCGAGCCUCCAUCCCCGCGAGCGGCGCAUGCGGCGACGGCGGUGGGGACGAUGGUGGUGAUUCAGGGCGGCAUUGGGCCGGCAGGGCUGGCCACUGACGAUCUGCACGUGCUGGACCUCACCCAGGCUCGACCCAAGUGGCACAGAGUGGUGGUGCAAGGAGCGGGCCCUGGACCUCGAUAUGGUCACGUCAUGGCGCUCGUGGGGCAGCGCUUCCUGCUCUCCAUCAGCGGAAAUGACGGCAAGCGGCCGCUGUCGGACGUGUGGUCGCUGGACACGGCAGCGAAGCCGUACGAGUGGAAGAAGCUGGACCCGGAGGGCGAGGGGCCGCCGCCCUGCAUGUACGCCACUGCCAGCGCCCGACACGACGGGUUGCUGCUGCUGUGCGGCGGCAGAGACGGCAGCAGCGUGCCUCUACCCGGGGCGUUUGGCUUGGCUCGGCAUCGGGACGGCCGGUGGGAGUGGGCUGUGGCGCCUGGCGUGUCCCCCUCGGCGCGCUACCAACACGCUGCUGUGUUUGUGGGUCUGCGCCUGCACGUGUCUGGAGGGGCGCUGGGUGGAGGCAGAAUGGUGGAAGACGCCUCCAGUGUGGCCGUCCUGGACACAGCAGCAGGCGUGUGGUGUGACCGCAAGGCCAUGGUAUCAGUUGCCCGCACCGGCCGCUACAGUGCCGACGCUCCGGGCGGCGACGCGUCCACCGAGCUCACCCGCCGCUGCCGCCACGCCGCCGCCUCGGUCGGCGAUAUUAUCUUCGUGUACGGCGGGCUGCGGGGCGGCAUUCUCUUGGACGAUCUGCUCAUUGCUGACGACACGCCACCCGAGCAGCCCGCCCUGCCGCCCUCCGCGGCUCCUGCCAAGGAGGCUGUGUCUGGAUCAGCACGCAAGCCGCCCAUGCCGCCCAGAUCGGGAGAGGGGCGGCAGGGCGUGGCGGUGGCUUCGGCUGUUGCUGCUCCGGAUGACAGAGAGGAGGAUAUCGGUGCUGAACACGCGAAUGACCAUCUGCACGAGGUGGACGAGGAGGCAUCAGAGCAGCUGGUGCGGAUCAACAAGGAGGAGAUGGAGGUGGCACGGCGAGCCAUGGAGAGGGGCGGCAGUGGCGACCUGACGGGGGACGACAUGGACGACCGGCGCUACGGUGGCACUCCGCCUCCCCCCACUGCUGCGAGUCUCGCCAGGAGCGCCCUGGACGAUGGGCGCAGUGAGACGCCCGCCUUCAAGAACGUCACUCUGUAUCGCCGCGCUGUGGUGGUGGCAGCAGACCCUGCUGCGGCCGGCAGUCUGGGCGGCCUGGUUCGUCAGCUUUCCAUCGACCACCUGGAGAACGAGGGGCGGCGCAUCAGCUUCGGGCCCGAGGGCGGUGCCGGGCCGCCCAAGCUGCUCAACCGACAGAUGUCCAUGCAGGGCGUGCAUAAGAAGGUUCUGCAGACGCUGCUGAAGCCGCGUGCAUGGAAGCCCCCCACGAAGCGGCAGUUCUUCCUGGACGUGCAUGGGGUGGUGGAGCUCUGUGACCUGGCGGAGAACAUCUUUAAGAACGAGCCGUCUGUGCUGCAGGUGCGGGCGCCAGUGAAGAUCUUUGGUGACCUGCACGGCCAGUUUGGUGAUCUCAUGCGUCUGUUCGACGAGUACGGCUCGCCCUCCACUGCCGGUGACAUCGCGUACAUAGACUACCUGUUCCUGGGCGAUUAUGUGGACAGAGGCGCGCACAGCCUUGAGACCAUCAUCCUGCUGCUCGCACUCAAGAUCGAGCACCCGCGCAACGUGCAUCUGAUCCGCGGCAACCAUGAGGCCGCAGACAUCAACGCGCUGUUUGGGUUCCGCAUAGAGUGCAUCGAGCGCAUGGGCGAGCAGGCGGGCAUCUGGGCGUGGCAGCGCAUCAACCAGCUCUUCAACUGGCUGCCGCUGGCCGCGCUGAUAGAGAAGAAGAUCAUUUGCAUGCACGGGGGCAUCGGCCGGUCCAUCCAGCACGUGUCGCAGAUCGAGGAGCUUCAGAGGCCCAUCAGCAUGGAGGCUGGGUCGAUGGUCCUCAUGGACCUGCUCUGGUCUGAUCCCACGGAGAACGACAGCAUUGAGGGCCUCCGACCGAACGCACGAGGACCCGGCCUUGUCACAUUUGGGCCUGAUCGGGUGAUGGAGUUCUGUCAGAACAACGACCUGCAGCUCAUCAUUCGAGCGCACGAGUGCGUGAUGGACGGCUUUGAACGCUUUGCCGCCGGCCACCUCAUCACUCUCUUCUCUGCCACUAACUACUGCGGCACGGCCAACAAUGCGGGUGCUAUUCUAGUGCUGGGGAGGGACCUUGUAGUCUUCCCCAAGAUGAUCCACCCGUUGCCGCCCACCGGCAACUCGGGCAACUCGUCGCCGGAUUACCAGGAUGAAUGGAUGCAGAUCAGCAUGGUGCUGGCUCCGCCGCCGCCUAUGACUCGCGGCGACGACCCCAGGGAGCCGCAAUCCAACCUAGACUUCGAUGCCUCUGCUCCUCCGCCAUUCACUCUGGCGGAUAUCCGCGCGGCGAUCCCGAAGCACUGCUGGGAGAAGGACGCACUGAAGUCCAUGGCGUACCUCGUGUGGGACGUCGCCGUGGUGUUCGGCAUGGCUGCCGUCGCUCAAGCGGUCGACCAAUGGUGGAUCUGGCCAAUCUACUGGCUUGCUCAGGGUACCAUGUUCUGGGCGCUUUUCGUCAUUGGUCACGACUGUGGGCAUGGAAGUUUCUCCAACAACAAGGCUCUGAACGACGUCGUUGGCCAUCUGACUCAUUCCUCAAUUCUCGUGCCGUACCACGGAUGGAGAAUUAGCCACCGUACACAUCACGCCAACCACGGCCACGUUGAGAAUGACGAGUCUUGGCAUCCAGUUACCAAGGACAAGUAUGACCAGAUGGAGUUUUGGACCAAGGUUGGCCGACUCAAGUUCCCGUGGCCUCUCUUCGCCUACCCAUUCUACUUGUGGAAGCGGAGCCCUGGCAAGGACGGUUCGCAUUUCGACCCCAACUGCGACCUUUUCACUCCUAAUGAGAAGGGCGACGUACUUACAUCUGCGACUUGCUGGUGGGCCAUGAUGGGAAUUCUGGCCGCGCUCACGGUCUUCAUGGGACCUGUUUCGAUCUUCAAGCUUUACGUCGUUCCGUACUGGAUCAAUGUUGUAUGGCUCGAUGUUGUUACCUAUCUGCAUCACCACGGUUAUGACAAGAAGGUUCCGUGGUACAGAGGCGAGGAGUGGAACUACAUGAGGGGUGGUCUGUCGACCAUUGACAGGGACUAUGCUUUAGGCCCUGCUCCUGACGACGCUGCUACGGCUCGCUUUGCCCGUCAGCGCGCUGACCGGACGGCUUGGACGUCGCGUGACGCUGCGGCCUGCAUCGCACUCAGCAGCCUCCUCCCUGAGUCCGAGGAGGUCCACUUUACUCAGGUUCGCACCGCUGCUGCGUACCUCACUGCGAUUAAGGCCCGCUACUCUACUCCCGCUACUGUCUCUCUCGGCCGUCUUUUCCUCCCGUUCCUGUUUCCUGAUCUUGCCUCGUUUGAGCGCUCUGCUGACUUGAUCGCUCACCUCCGCUCGCUCGACGCUAGUUACCGCGCUGCUUGCACUGAGGCACAGCUUGCACUGCUUCCUCCCCCCAUGGCGAUUACUGUCUAUUUCAUCGCCACUAGCCUCCCUGACCGCCUUGCCUCCGUUCGUGACGCGCUUCUGCUGAAGCACCCUAGUGAGCUGACUAUCGAGGUCCUUGAGUCUGCACUCAAGGACGUCGAGAGCAACCUUCGUUCGGUAGCUGCCGCCUCUGGUACUGUGUCCCCCCCACUCUUCCACGGGUGCACAGUCCCGCAGUUACCCACCUUCACUGCCUCUCUUGCCACUACCGCUACUGACGCGACUGCGGCUGCUGUUACGACUGCGUCGCGGUCCCGCGGCAGGGGGGGCAAGAAAGGUUGUUCCGGUGGAGGUGGAGGCGGAGGUAGCGGAGGUAGUGGGGGUGCUGUUGCGACUGGCAGUGGUGGGAGUGCAGCGUCUGGAGAGACCCCUCGUGCAGCGGCUGGUGACUCCACUGCACCUGCUGGUGGCGGCGACCCUCGAGCUCGUCAGUCGCCUCCUGUACUGCCGGCCCCGCUAGCACGUGGGUGUGUGGUUUGA